AUGAAAUACCGAGGCAAACCCUUGUUCACGUCCUGGCUCGGCAGCGACGAUUCCUGGUGGAAAGACUACAACUACUCCUCUGCUCUCACCGGAUGGAACGCCGUUUUCCAAAAGGCCGGCGGAAGGAACAAGUUCUUCUACGUCCCCUUCUUCCCCACGGACGGCUCCUUGGGGGGUGUUCAGGCAACUCUGGACAAAUUCAAAGAUAUUAUCGACGGCCUGUUUGCAUGGGACACCUCAGCAUGGCCCUACUUCAGCCCCGAUUUCCAGAAUCCUUCCGUCUCCAAGGACCAGAACUAUCUGAACGCCUGCAAAGCCGCGGGGAAAGUAUACAUGGCGAGCCCCAGCUCCUGGUUCUUCAAAAACAUCGCAGGCUCCUGCUGCUCCGACGCUUGCAAGGCAAAGGAUCUGAGCAACUGUAACUGUCAAGUGAAGGGCAAUUACCAGGGUCCGGGGCUCUGGAUCAAAAAGUGGGAGCAGCUCAUACAGCUAAGCCCUCCUCUCCUUGAAAUCGUGACGUGGAACGACUGGGUGGAAACCUCUUACGUGGCACCGCCACUCAGCACGGCCGCUGCUGACGUGUCGGGGUACACUCACCGUGCCUUCUUGGAGCUGGGGCAGUACUAUUUUAACUGGUACAAGUCCGGCAGCCAGCCCGCGAUUACCCAGGAUUCGAUAUACCUAUUUUAUUAUACCCAGAGCAAAAACAUCAAUGUGCCCGCUGACGGGUGCAAGGUGGUGUAUUCUGAUCAGCUAAGUGAUAAAGUGUACGUUACUGCGAAGUUGACUGGGCCUGCCACGGUGGAAUUGCGAUCUGGAAGUGCGACUCAUACAUUCAGUGCUCCGAAAGGGAUAUCCACAUGGAGUAUGGAUUUCCAGGCAGGGCAGCAGUUGGCAACCCUGAAGCGUGGAGGUAAAGUGCUAAGCACGCUGACUGGAAGCAAACUGAUCAGUAAUUCCAAUGCAACGCAUUAUAAUUUCAAUGUGUACUCCACCUGCACCACAUGUUAG